CUUUGAAAUCACGCGUUCUUCACUUGUAUUUAUGAGUUAUAGGGUAGAGAAACGAGCUACGGUUGUGCUGCUGCUAAAAUCUAGAAGAAUCGACAGAUUGAUGGGAAUCUUUAGGGCCAAACUUUUGGCUGUGGCAGAAGAACUUGGUCAUGAGAUACGCAUAUUCACAAACUCAGCAAAUUCUGCAGCAUCGAAAGAAAUAUCUGCUUCUUCAAGUGAGGAACCGGACCAUUUCUAUGAUCUUACUCCUGAAGAUUAUUAUCGAAUCAUGUCAGACAGAAUACGAGGUAAUGUUGACACUGAAAGGUUACUUUGGCUGUAAUUUGGCGCUAGAUUUCUACUCUAAGCAGUAGUUUUGAAGUUUUCAUAAUCUACUGAAUUUGGCUUGUCUUUAUGGAUUAGAACAUGAUGCUACAAUCCAUAAAUUUUUCUUAGGACUCUUUAGCACUAUCUCUGUACUGCUUGCAUAUUGGAAAUCAAUUUUGUUUUUGCUCAUUUAGUUCUACCAUCUUCAAUAUAUGGUGUUCAUGGUAAAAAAAACUUUGA